UUGCCUUCCGGCUUUACCGGGUGGCCUCCAUCCGCGACGGAUCUCCAAGUUAGUCGCGCCGCCACUCGCCGUAAGGAGAAGGCAGUAGAUCUGGAGGUGGAGGAGAUUCCACCAGAGAGGUAAAAGUGCCUGGGCACCCGUGGCUCGACUCCCGUUCUCGACGCCCUCCGAGAAGGCGGUGAGCAGACGGCGAACUUUUUGGACAAAGUUCGCAGUGUGAUCCCGACCCGCGAAGCCAUCAGGGAUCUGGAAACGGAUCAGGUCGGAGAAAUGAUAGCUCAAAACGUCCUCUGGUUAUCCCACACGACCAACGACCUGUUUUGCCGCGCUAAAGCGGCGGAGAAUGUGGUUCGCAAGGAGGUUAUUCCUCUGAAAGAAAGUCUCGCAGCAAAGGACAAGGAGCUGGGCGAGAAAGUGCAGGCCUUGGAAGGGCGGGUCGCUCAAGCGGAACACGAGGUCGAGGCGGCCAAGCUUGAAGCCGCUGAGCUGAAUGAGUGCAUGUCGAGUUAUGCCAACCUAACCGGCUUCUUGUGUUGCAAUCCUCAGGAGGCCGAUGCUUACUUCCGAGCGUUUAUUCACAACGAGGUUGGGGAGGGACUCGCUUGGCGCUACGGGGAAUGGGCGUAUGCCAAGGGCCGUUACGAGAUGCAACGGGAGAUCCAUGAGGCGCUUGAGGAGUCCAUAAACGAGAACGACCUCGCGACCAUCAUGGGGGUUAUUCCCGACCAGGUGCCUGCCCCGGGUCCUAUGCCAUACGCCGAUCCGGCACCCGGCGCCGAGGCUCCUGCUCCAACCAAAGGCUGAAGGUUC